AGGACUUUUUAAUUUGCCGCCGCAUACUUAUCAUAUAGACGAACGUGUUCUUCUUCCCGCCCAAUUAAAUUGUAUUUCUCUGCGCUCCAAAACUUUCACAAGAAGCUAAAGCGAAAUCCUUCAACAAUGGCGCCGAAAAAGAAACCUACUCGUCGAUCUUCAAUCCCCAUCGUGGGGAAAGAGGGAUGUGUUGUUGAUGUUAAUCAUCCAGAGAGCGAUGGAAAAGGUAUUGGAGAAAAGUGUCACUCUCAAGGGGAGUACUCGUUUGUGCUUGUUAAUCCGAAUGAUUUUGAUAGUCACAGUAAAUCUUAUCUUCAGGAAGUAUUACAAUUAUACAAAAGGGAAUUACCCACAAUGGUCUAUGCUGCAAAUACUGGAAAGCAAUCAACUUUUAUGGAUAAAUGUGUAUCUAAUGGGAAAUAUUGUACAUUGCUCUUGGAAUCCAAAUCUGAGGUUGAUCCAGGAUUGAUCAUAGCUGCAAUUACCUACCAAAUUGUCCCUGCUGACACGCAAUAUGCUGAGAUUCCUCUUGCUGCUGUCAGUUCAGCUUACCAACACAAGGGUUUUGGUCACAUACUAUACAUGGAACUUAGAAAAAGACUUCAAAGCGUUGGCAUCCGUACCAUAUUCUGUUGGGGAGACAAGGAAUCUGAAGGGUUUUGGUCCAAACAGGGCUUCUUGUCCAUAGCAGAAGUGGACACCAAGGGAAAAGCUCGUAGAAUACCUGUUAGAGCUGACAUUCGCAGAGCAUUAUGCUUUCCCGGUGGUUCUACCCUCAUGGUUUCACACAUUCAGGGAAUUUCAAUGUGUUCGGCAGACUUGCCAAAGUCAUUUUCUCUAUUAAAGCCUGAAGCCCCUUCAUCAUGCACACGUGCUGAAAGAAUUGGUGUUGCCAAUCAAGGUUGCAACGUUUCAAAUGCAGUUGAUCAGCAGACCUUUCAAAAUUUGAAUUUCCAACCUGACAAGUUUGUAACUUUAGCGCCCCUUGGAGAAGAAAACAAAAUUCAGGAUCCUCAGAUCCAGGAUGCAGUGCAUGACUGUAAUAGUCCAGAUUCUUUUGCAGAAAUAGAGAACCACAGGACAGCUAGUAUUGCAGAAUUAUCCAAUACUAUUGGUAAUUUGGAUGAGACACAUUGUUCUUGUUCUACACAAAGCGCAAAGAGAGUUUGGGAAGCAUCACUUUCUUCGCUGAAGUCAAAGAAAGUAAAAGGAGUCCAUCUGCCCCAUUUCCAUUCCGACUCUAACAAAAAUUUUGUUCCUGAAAGUAAUGGAUAUGAUACCUUCUCUCAAGCGUGCUCAUUAGCCAAUUCAAAGCAUGAGAUUUUAGCUAGUAUUUCUCUUAAAAAUCCUUCAACCAGUAAUUAUACACAAAAUUUCUGUAAAGAAUUUGGAAGUGUUAAUGUGGCAUCAGAGGGCCUCGAUUGUGAAGAGAACACAUUAGGAAAAUCGUUCAAAAUUAUGCUGAUGAAUAUUGCGGAUGAAGCUAAGAAAACUCAGCUUAUGAAGGUGAUUGAGGAGCUUGGUGGUUCUCUCACCGCUGAUGGGAGUACAAGCACUCAUGUCAUUACAGGAAAAGUGCGUAAAACUCUAAAUUUCUGCACUGCUCUCUGUUCAGGAGCAUGGAUUGUCUCUCCCAGUUGGUUAAAAGAAAGCUAUCGAGAAGGCAGAUUUGUUGACGAGUUGCCUUACGUACUAAAUGAUGACGACUACACGUCGAAGUACAGAGCCAGCCUAAAAACUGCAGUUCUCAGAGCAAAAGCACGUCCUGGAGCUUUAUUUGAAGGUUAUGAUGUUUGCAUAUCAGCUCACGCUCAACCACCUCCUAAAACUCUAUCCGUGAUAGUCAAGUCAGCCGGUGGAAAUGUGAUUCAUGCGCUGGGUAAAGUAAAUGAAGUAUCGAAAACGAUCUUUGUGGCGGGCGAGGAAGACGUGGAGGAAGCCUUACUGGCUGUAAAAAAAGGGAUAUGGACUUUUAACAGUGAAUGGCUGAUGACCUGUGUGAUGAGACAAGAACUAGACCUCGAGGCCCCUCAGUUUGCUGAGUCCCUAUAAGAAACAAGGUUAGUUAGCUUUCAGUUUUGAACAACAAGCCAUUUCCUCCUUGUAAAUCACUCUUUUCUCACUCACUCAAUUUGGUACAUAUACAAAUUUUGAUUGUUCCAUCUUUAUAUUCAUUAAUACAUAAAGACAAUAAGUUUAUUCAAGGAAAAUUGCUGAAGUUUUAGCUAGUUUAGAGUAAGCUACUGAAAGGAGACAGUUGGAUGUGUACUCAGUAGAAGUAUAUUACUAAUACAGUAUGUUUUAGGAAUAGUUCCCUAUUUAGUUAACUUCGGCACUUGUAAAAAUGAGGUAACGAAAUUCUAUCAAAUUGACUAUCCUUAUUUAUGUGU